ACAUAUGAUAUCAUUCAUGUGUUAUCAAGUGCCUAUUUUUUGCUUAUCCGCAGGUCAAAAAAAUUUGUGGCUCUCAAAAUACUAACGUAUUAAAUGAAGGUCUAAAACCAGGUUAUAUAUACGUGUAAUAUUUUAUCAUUCGAAGUUGAACUUAACAAGAUUGAAGCGUAUUUUUUCCUCUUCAUUUUGGUGAUAAUGUUGUCACUAAUUCUCCUUGUUUUGUGCCUGAUUUUUCCAUUACUUAUGUUCUUUCAUAAACGUAGAAGAACCAUGAAUGCACCUUUUCCACCUGGUCCUAGAGGCCUACCCAUAAUAGGGAAUCUUCAUCAGCUAGACAAUUCUACUCUUUAUCUUCAAUUAUCAAAACUUUCAAAAAUAUAUGGACCAAUAUUUUCACUUCAACUUGGUUUAAGGCCAGCAAUUGUUGUUUCUUCAGCUAAAAUUGCCAAAGAAAUAUUUAAAGACAAUGAUCAUGUGUUUUGUAAUAGACCUAUCCUAUAUGGCCAACAAAAAUUAUCUUAUAAUGGAUCAGAAAUUGCAUUUUCUCAAUAUAGUGAUCCUUGGAGAGAUUUAAGAAAAAUUUGUAAUAUUCAUAUAUUUAGUGUCAAGCGUGUGUCAUCUUAUUCCUCUAUAAGAAAGUUUGAGGUGAAAGAAAUGAUCAAAAAAAUUUCUAACAAUGUUACUUCUUCAGUUGUUACAAAUUUGAGUGAAUUAUUAAUUUCUCUCUCAAGUAAAAUAAUUUGUAGGGUUGCUUUUGGGAGGAGGUAUGAAGAUGAAGGACUAGAGAGUAGUAAAUUCCAUGGAAUGUUGCAUGAGUUUGAGGCCAUGUUGACAGCUUUCUUUGUUUCUGAUUAUAUUCCAUUUAUGGGUUGGAUUGAUAAACUAAGAGGGUUGCAUGGUCGUCUUGAUAGAAAUUUCAAAGAGUUUGAUGAAUUCUACCAAGAAAUUAUUGAUGAACAUUUGGAUCCAAAUGAACAACAAUUUACAAGUGAAAAGGUUAUUGUUGAUGUCUUACUCCAAUUGAAGGAAAAGCGUUCAUUUUCUUUUGAUAUCACUUUUGAUCACAUAAAAGGGAUCCUUAUGAAUAUGCUUGUAGCUGCAACAGAUACAACAUCAGCUACAUUAGUUUGGGCAAUGACUGUCCUAAUAAAGAACCCUGCAGUAAUGAAGAAAGUACAACAAGAGAUUAGGAGUUCAAGAGUUAAAAAAGACUUUUUAGAUGAAGAUGAUAUACAAAAUUUCUCCUACUUGAAGGCAGUCAUAAAAGAGACAUUGAGAUUAUUCCUACCAAAUCCAUUGCUACUGCCAAGGGAGUCAAUGGAAAUGUGCACUAUAGGUGGUUACCAGAUUCCAGCAAAGACAAUAGUGUAUGUGAAUGCUUGGGCUAUUCAUAGAGACUCUAAUGUUUGGAAAGAUCCAGAAGAGUUUUAUCCAGAGAGAUUCUUAGAAAGUUCUAUAAAUUUUCUUGGACAAGACUUUGAAUUUAUUCCCUUUGGAUCUGGACGAAGAAUUUGUCCAGGCAUUUCUAUGGCAGUUGCAUCAUUGGAACUUAUCCUUGCCAAUAUCCUCUAUUCCUUUGAUUGGGAAUUGCCACAUGGGUUGGUUAAGGAAGAUGUUGAUUUUGAAAGGUUGCCAGGGAUUGCUCAACACAAGAAGAACCAUCUUUGCCUUUUUGCCAAGGUCCCAACGUAGAUGCAAUUUAUUCAUCGUCCUCGUCUCGUUGUUUUGAUUAUCAUAUAACUUUCUAAUUGCCAAGGUCUCAACGUAGAUGCAGUUUCUUUAUUAUUAUAGAACUAUCAUCGUCGUCCUCAUCUUCAUCGUCUCGUUGUUGGAUUCUCAUUUCUCACAUAACUUUCUGUGUUUAUAUGUCAAUAUACUUGUGGUACUUUUUGAUUAA